GUAGGGUUGUCUGACAGAAGAGCAGGAGGACAUGUAUCUAUUGACUGAUUACUACAACGAGACUUGUGGAGAUGGUUAGAGAUUCCUGUGUCACUUUCUGUGGAAUAUUUUGAAAGACACGAGCGAGGAGGCGACAGUCUAAAGAUGUUCUCCUGUGUGCUGGCAUCAGCACUUGUGUUUUGUAAUCUCGUUGUUCCCGGAAACACUGGAGGCGGUAACGAAUGGAGCUACGAAGGCCAGCUAGGCCCCGCCCACUGGUCAGUGGACUACCCCGAGUGUGGAGGAUUCAGCCAGUCGCCAGUGGACGUCGACACGUCAUUGGUCAUGCUUGAGCCUUCGCUGACCCAAUUCAACUUGACACAGCUCAGCAACACAGCAAAUGUCAACAUGCUGCUAGAAAAUGUACAGGGACAUACUGUGGAGGUCCACCUGAGCGGGGAUGAGAUGACGGUGAAAGGGGGGAGGUCUUGACACGGCCUAUGGGGUGCAGCAGUUUCACUUUCACUGGGGAGCUAAAGAUGAAAGGGGGUCUGAGCAUACCAUCAAUGGCAGACACUUCCCAAUGGAGAUGCACCUUGUGAUGUACUCAAAGAACUACACCACCUUCGACAACGCCCUGACAAAACGACAUGGCUUAUCUGUCCUUGGUUUCUUUUUUAGGGUGGGCAGAACCAACACAAACUACAAUCAACUGUUGAAUUAUUUCGAUAAAAUUGAACACAGUGAGGACACACACUCUAUACCGACGUUCCCUAUCAUGUCACUGCUACCGGAGAACAGGCAGGGGUUCUACCGUUAUGAGGGCAGCUUGACCACUCCGCCCUGCUCGGAGACGGUGCUGUGGACGUUGUUCACGGAGACAGUCGAGGUAUCCGAGGAGCAGUUAGAAAAAUUCCGUCAUAUAAAACGGACACAUAUAGGGGAGCGAGAUCAGUACGUUACGGAUGUGUUCCGACCGCUUCAACAUCGCAACAGCCGGGUCGUGACGACAAACGACCCCAAAGCCAUCUACAAUGACGCCAACCGGAUAUCGUCUGCUUGGAUCUAUCUGCUGCUUCUGAUUGUCGGAAUAAUUAGCAUUAGUAUGUGAUGAUAUUUUCUAUAUAGGAAACUGUUUACAAACUCCCACAUUAGGAACAAUGUCAUUGAAAUAAAUCAUUUGAAAUAAGCGUGGCCUUACAUACAUAGGGGUAAUGAUUCCUACUAUUCACAUUAAGUAUAAUGUGGUUUGAAACCAAAUCAGCAUGAAGCUAGUGUUGCCUUAAGUAGAAACGGAUUGGCAUUCAAUCACUGAGAGCUAUGUUAUGGAAUAUAUAACUUAUCUUACAACACACAUAAAUGCCGUUUUCUGAUUGGCUGAGCCAAUCAAUGUACCCCGCUUACAAGCGAAUAACAUUUUCUAUGUUCCCCGCUGGAAA